AAGUUUGUUGAGCAUCAGUAUUGCUCCAUAACGGUUAAUCGUUUUAACGAAUGCAACAUGCUUGGUCUCAUUUGGUUCCAAAAAAUGAUAAUGAAUCCAAGACCUACUGUCGUUUUUCUCCCGCUCAUGUGGGUGGUUUUCGUCAUAAGCGCUGUUCCCCCAGAUCUCUACAUCGGAUGUUAUAGGGACAAUGGCGAACGGGACAUGCCGGCACUGUGGUUAAACAAUGCAAACAAUACACCAGCAAUAUGCAUAGAAGGAUGUGCCGCAAAAGGAUUCUUGUUUGCUGGCGUUCAACACUCGGACUGUUUCUGCGGAAACUCAUACGGAAAACUCGGAAAAAUAAGCGAGAAUGGUUGUAAACUCAACUGUCUUAGAAAUACAAACUUGAAGUGUGGAGGGGAUUGGGCCAAUUCUAUUUACCUUGUGGCAAUCAAAUUAUCGCAGUUCAUUGGCUGCUACCUCGAGAGCUUGCCACGUGACCUAUGGGGUGACCAAUCAGCUCUCAGUGGCCUUCUCUCCGCACAAGACGAAUGCAUUCAACGGUGCAAGGCAAAGGGAUUUCACUUCGCCGCCAUAAACAACUACACUCUGUGCAGCUGCGGUAUAAACUACGGUCGGUACGGGAAAGCUAGCAAUACUACAGACUGCAAUCCAAGGUGCAGCCGUGGAGAGCAUUGCAGCCAUAUCGAUGCUAACAGCAUCUUCAGAACAAUGGCCGCUGAUCUUUAUCUCGGAUGUUUUAUUGACGUUGGCAAUUCCUUCGACCUGGCAAUCGUAGCUGGUCGAUACCUCGAUAAUACGCCGAUUACAUGCUGCGCAAGGUGUCGUGCAAGGGGAUAUCGUUACUGUGGGCUCCAGGCCAGUGACUGGUGCUUCUGUGAUGACAGCUAUGGCAAACACGGCAAGGCACCAGAGAGCGAUUGCAGUUCAGCGUGCAAGGGUGACCCAGGCAUUAUUUGUGGAGGGCCCUAUCGAAACUCCAUCUAUGCCGUCGAAUCUACUGUCAAGCCACCACCUUACAUCACUGCAGUUUACUCCAACACAGAAAACAGCCCGCCCCUGAGCCGAGACCACGUGAUGUACACCGAGACAUCAGUACCUGAUGGCUCCACCUGCGUACAGUACUGUGAGCUUUCGCUAGAGUGCGUGUCAAUCAACUACAACCCCGUUGCCAUGGUGUGCGAAAUGAACAACGUGACGUCAUCAGUAGGGACGGCUGUAGUUAGGAAAGGGUUCUUUUACAGUGAGCCAAUGAGAAUCACUCACAUGUCAUAUUUGCUCCCGUGACUCUGUGUCGCUUUCAAAUACGAACGCACACUUUAAAUCGAUGGCUUAUAUAACGUGCAGUUGAUUGAUGUCAUUUUGAACUAGCGAGUUCUUUUUUAUUGAUAUUUAUUGCGUUCUGGUUGUUUUCAUUUUAGCGACAAAGUACUUUAUUCAACUGGGUUCCAUGACAUCUUUACCAAUGUAUUGCUGAUGGUCAGAAUCUUUUUUACGGGAAAAAAUUGCAUAGCGACGAAAAUUGAUACAAAGUCAAGCCACAUACCCUUUAAAAGCUAAAACAUUGUUCGAAAUACAGGGCCCAAAAAUUUAAAAUAGUUCGAAAUUUUUGUGAUUUUAUUAAAGAAUGUCGAUAACCCA